CAAAUGUUUCCUAACAUGUUAGGGCCCAAAAGGCGUCAUCUUCCACCAUUUGGCCAAUAAGACGCAUGAAGGAAGCGCUCCUCAAAUUACAACGAUGACUAAAACCGUUCUUCGCUGUUUCGCUUCUUCUUCCUUGAACCCUUUCUGCAAAACCAAACCAAUUUCAGUGAGAAAUGGAGGUCUGGGAGCAGUUUCAGCAUACUUUUCCUCUACGGGAACUGAUACUACUACUGAGCCGUCUUCGCUACCCUAUUCAGUUCACGAGAACACUCUAUUCCGGAGGCUAAUGGGUGCUACGGAUACCAGGAAUCCCAAUCGUAAAGAAGCCUCUCAAGUUCUGAAACAAUGGGCUGAUGAAGGCAGAGAAAUUGACUCUCAGAUCGUCCGCAAUUCCAUCAAACAGCUUAGAACAUGGAGGCGUUACGAUGACGCCCUAGAGGUUUCUGAAUGGUUUGGUAAUAAUUCAAAAUUCACAUCUGGAAGUGCAGCAAUACACCUGGAUCUGAUUUACAAAGUCCAUGGUCUGGAGCAAGCAGAGAGGUAUUUCGAGAUCACGCCCAAUGAUUUGAAAGCUGCCCAUCUCUAUGGUGCUCUUUUGAAUUGUUAUGUGCAGGAAAAAUUAUUGGAUAAAGCAGAGGCCAUCAUGCAGAAGAUGAGAGAGUUGGGCUAUGCUGAAAACUUGUCCUACAACCACAUGCUGGAUCUUUACGCUCAGAUGGGGAAACGGAUAAAACUGAUUUCUCUAGUGCAAGAAAUGGAGAAAAAGGGCAUGCAUUUUGACAACUUCACAUAUAAUAUUCUGUUGAAUGCAUAUGCAUCUACACGUGAUGUCACGGGGAUGGAGAAACUGUUGAUGAAGAUGGAAGCCGAUAGUCUUGUGGUUAUGGACUGGAUCCCUUACUCUAUCUCAGCAAAUGUGUAUCUAAAGGCUGGGGAGAUCGCCAAGGCAGCAAAUAUGCUAAAAAAAUGUGAACAUAAAAUCAAGGAUGGAGAACGAAGAGGUCUAAGACCUCGCGAAGUAGGUCAUGCUUAUGAGGUUAUUAUGACUCAAUAUGCUAGUAUGGGUAAUAAAGAUGAGGUAUAUCACAUAUGGAAGUUGCACAAGAAACCUAAAAAGUGGCUUAAUAGGAGUUAUAUUUGUAUGAUUAGUUCCCUGUUGAAAUUGGAUGAUACUGCUGGUGCAGAAAAGUUGCUGGACGAAUGGUUUUCCGAAAAUGUACUUUUUGAUAUACAGAUUCCAAACAUCGUUUUGGCAGCAGUUUGCAAGAAAGGCCUGAUGGAAGAAGCAGAGUCAAUUGUAAACAAUAUCUUGGAGAGAGGAGAGGAACCUAAUGCGAGCACUUGGCAUUAUAUGGCGUUAGGCUAUUGGAAAAUUAACCAGAUGGAAGAUGCAGUGAAGAUGACAAAAAAGGGAUUAUGUACCAAUCCACGGUCCAGACCUGGUAUGACCCUUGUGGCUUCUUGUCUUGAUUAUCUAAAGAAAAAAGGAGACAAUGACGAAUUUGAAGAGAUUUUAGGGUUUUUAAAAGGAGGAGGUAAAUUUCCUGCAGAUUUUUGCGACUUUUUUUCUAGGUAUCUGGAAAAGAGAGAUCCAUCAGUGCUGCUUCAGAUGAAGAAGGUUUCUGACGAGGAAGAAAUGUUGGACUGCACUGAUGAAGUUAGAAAAUGAAUCCUGAUGUUCUAGGAUACCAUUUGCUUAUUUGUAUAAGUCGCUAAGUAGCGAACUCUUGCUACAUUAUUAUCAGCUUCGAAAUUUUGCGCUCAGUAAACUAACUAGUCUCUUGGGAUAAUGAAUACCUAACCGGCGGAUGACCAUUUUAUUGUGCAGAGUGUUGGUGAUUGUUGAGCCCCAAACAUAAAGAAUUGAAAAUGAGUAGAAGAGACAAUUUUCCCAUUCCUUUGAAGAGUAGUCCUAUUUUCACUUUAAACAUGGGCGGAAAAGUACAUGAAAACACAAAUGGACACACACUAACAAAUUUAUGUAACCGUAGAAUUCAAUGAAAUGACCCUAAAACUAUCAACAACAAAUGGGAAGGAUAAGCAAAUGAAUUGCAACACUACGGGACACUUCAAGACAUGGUCACCUCAAAUAUGUUUCUAUACUUCCAUUCAGGACUAUACAAGGUUAACUUCUUUUCCGAUACGUUUAGAAUAGGUGCUAUACUGACAUAACUGUGCCAUUUGAGUCGCAAGAUCAGUGUAUUUCUAGCAAUCAACACAUAUACAACAAAUACAAAGAUCUCUAAUAAGUUUUUACUAAAAUUAAAUUCACUAAAAUCUGCGAGGUGGGCUCAUCGUCUAUCUCCUCCAAACCACAAGUUCAGCACUCGUCAUUGGCACGAUAGAAGCGAAGUUGUCUGAGUCGUAAAACCGUUUCCUGGUAACAAAGAUAAAACUUAUCAAUUGUAACAGUUUUUCUCUAUAGUGCAUAUUGACCAAGACAAGCAUAAAUCAAAAUGAAAAAAUGCUGUCCUUCAACAGCUUCACAAAAGGCAACUAACUCCAAAAAUACCAAACCUCAAGCGUGUCUUCGGACUGGUCAGGAAAGCAAAAUCCAGUUGAACAAUUAGGCAACAACUCCGGACUUUUCAUCCAUGCUCGGCAACCAUCACUUACUUUAAUUUUGUACUUGAAUAUCUGCAAUCCGAAAGGACUCUUUACGCCUCAAAAGAAACAAAUAACAAGCCUCAAUACCACCAUACAGUACAAUACAUCAUAGCUUGCCAUUUUGUUCCAGUCCAAACAAAUAUUUCCCGCAAUGUUAAAAAAAAUGUUGAAUGUCUAUUUUCUGGAAAUUGAUGCCUUUCAGUUUGAUCUAAACUAGUUUGAGUAUCAUAUUUUACCCAUGCAUCACUGUUCUUAUCGCUGUUCUAUGAUAUAAUCCUUCAAACUCAUUAUAAGGUGACUGACUAAUCAGAUAGUCCCAAAGAAAAGAGGCAGGCGAGGAACUUUUCCAAAUGGUCCACCUGACCAGAAAUAUUUAUCAGAUGUUUGAAGAAUGGAAACCUUUCAGAUGCAUGUAAUUCAUGGCUUAUCCUAGAAUUACUAAAGUGACACGCUAUAAUAACAACAAAAUAAUUAGCUAAAGUGACACGCUACAAUAACAACAAAAUAAUUAACAACCAGAUUCACAACCAUAAUCAGAAUAAUUAUUGUCAUCUUGCCUUCGCAUUUGCCCUUUUAACAUUCAACCACAAAGUAUGGAGAGAAAAAGGACAGAUAAAGGAAAUUCUGCGGAUAUCCACAAUCAAGAAUUAAAAAGAAAAAACAAACCUCAGAAAGAGGCACAGUCGGUUUCUCCAGUUGAUCACCGUCAAUGGUCACACCAGUGCCCUGGCACUCUGGGCAAAAUGAGGAAAAUACUUGCUUUGUCACGACGGUCUUCCCUGCUUCACUUAGUUUACUUCCAACCUUUCGCCUAGAUCUUCGCUUCGGUUUGGGUGCAUUCAACUGCUUUUCGUAACUUUCCAUCUCACACAGCAGUAUCCAAUGAAUGAGGCAGGAAACAUGAAAUACAUGAAAUGCCUGCAGGUAAAUACAAAUUUUCAUUAUCAAAAAGAUGGAUAAAUGAAUCAAAGCACCAAAUGGGGAAAAAAUUUUACAAAUACUUGAACAAAAAAAAAAAAAAACACUGAGAAGAUAUUAAUCAUACUCCAGUAGAAUUUCUACUGCUGCAUGCAAGCUUUCCAGUCUUUCUAUUCAAAAGAGCAGCCACAUCUUUGCUGGGGAGCAUCUUCUGCUGACAAAUAUCACACAUUCUCUCCGAAGCUGCUUGCUGUUGUUGCCUCAACUCUCUCCUCAUGCUUUUACUAGAUAAAACUCUACGAUACAGAAGUUGAUCAUCACACCCUUCCAAGAGCAUUCUUUUGUUAGAAUUUGAAGACUCAGAUUCUUCGCCAGACGAGUCAUACUGACCAGUCAAAGACUCACUAAAAUCUUCCGGAUCAGAAGAUGACUUCCUCUUUCUAUUCAUAGUUGCAGUAUUCUCCUCAAGUUCUGAAUGAGGACUUGAUGGAAGCAAAAACUUUAUGUCAUCAAACAACCCUUUUCUGCCAACGUUAUAGUUAUAAGAAAAUGUAACUAUAGCAAAAUCAUGUUCCAGAACUGUUAGGGUAUCCUCACUUUCAUAGCUACCUCUUCCUAGCCACUCGCACCAUAUUUUACGAAUGUUACUUAAACUUCCAUCCUUCUUACAGAAUCGAGCAGCAAUUUGUGCAACACCAAAACAGGUCACUUCCAACUGAGACAGUCCAUUUUUGCACAGUACAUCUGGAAUAACCAACGGACUUACAAUAUCAUCAACCAAAUUUUGCAUACAAGUAGUGCGAGAAAUGUUUUCAGCAAGAACACAACCAGGAUUCUUGCGAAAGCCAACUUCACCAUUAGAUGCGUGGCCAUUGCCACUGGAAUCCACAGAUUCAUGAUAAGGGACCACGGCUCUAUCAUCAUUCUCACAAAUGUUGUCUAGCAGUUGAAUACUAUCAUGCUUUGGUACAGAUACUACUGUAUCUUGUUCUGAAGUGACACCAAAGAAGAGAACGCCAUCAUCAAAAGGCCACGGAUUCGAUUUCAACAAAGUAGCCUUAGCAGCAGUAAGCCUUUCACAAUGUAGAUUACCUUUUAGAUGACUAUACAAGAUAGAAUCGCUAUAGCAUGGUGCCAAACACAGAGUACAAAAGAAAAUUGACCUUUUCCCAUCUCUCCUCAGAUCAACAUAAGUAUGCCCUUGAAGCCUCACGUUGCGAAGUGUUGCCAUAGCCAAUUGCUCCUUCAAAUUAACACCGUUUGCCUUUGCGAAUCCAACUUCUCUCCUUCCCGCCAUUACUAAUUGAUACAACUCGAUCUCUCAAACUUCUUCAACACCUCCUAAGCAAACUAAAUUAUAUGAUAUUUUUUAUUUUAUUUUCACCUACAAGCAGUCUUAAAAUUAAGAUACUAACACCAUGAAAGCAGCAAGCCAAUCAUUCAUGUACGCUGGAGUUGAAUCCAUAAAAGCUAUAUUCCGGUAACACAGUCAUAGGCUUUCAACAAAUUUCAACAACAGAAUUUCCCACACCAGGAUAUAUUACUUUUUUUUUUCGUAAGAUAAUCCACAGAGCUCAAUCAACCAAUAAUUCAAUUCCACCAAAGUUCCACGCAGUAACAGCAAUAAAUUGCACCAAAACACAAGAAAAAACUUCUCUUAUUCAACAAAAAAAGUUUUCCCCCAAAACGAAACCCUAGAAACUUUCAGUAACGCUUAAACUUACAACAACGAGGCGUAAACGGUUUAUUUUGCUGUAUCCUCAAAACUUCAACACGUAUUCGAUCGGUGGCAACUUGAACUUCAUAGCGGCUUGAAACUCCCAUAUGUAAGGCGCAUGAUUCCUCCAUUGACAUCAUGUCCAUAAUCUUUGAACUAAACGAAAUUCAAAUUUCACCGGAACACGAAACAAACGAACACAGCGUUUCACCCCCCGAGAAUCCUCCAAUUCAGCUAUCAAAUUCGAAAUAACUAAGAUAUGUGUGGAUGAAAUCUGGAAUUACUUCUUCGUUUUUCUCGUGGGGAUGUGUAGAGAGAGAAUUUCUAGAAAGAGAAAGUGCAGUCGGUAGUCGGUAGGAAGGAGGGAGAAAGGAAAUUGAAACGACUAUUAACUGAAGU